CUCAGCUGUGCUGUGGUCUGGAAGAGACAUUCUCCCGUAUUGCUUGCAUUUGCCCCAAUUGGGGCUGAGCCCAGAAGCACCUGGCUGAGAGGUUUCAGCUAGGAAAGCAAGAAGGACCCCCUUCCCAGGCCCUCAGCCCCCCCACCCGGCCCCACAGAGAACCGAACGGGUGACUUGGUUGGAAGAAGAUGAUCCGACGAGAGAGCAAGAGGUAAGCUAAACUUUACUGAGCUGCCGCUCCUUCUUCAUCUUACUCACUGGGAUUUUCCUGUUUUGUGUCAUGGUGACCUGGGGAAAUUUCAGCCAGUUUGAUAUUUCCUGGCGGGGCGUGUUUUGUUCUAAUUUUGAUCGCCGCUGCUGGAAACUCCACACAAGCGCCUGGCCGUCAGGUGAAAUGCUGCCGUUCCCAAGGUAUUGUCAAGUUGCCAACUUUUUGUGGGGGCUGCUGCUGUGCUAUGCCUGAUGAACUUCUGCCUGUCUUGCAACUGAUAAAGAGGCAGGAGGUGAGUCGUCCCUGUGCAUGUGGCCCUGGGUUUGUGGGGACUUUUCAUCCAUCCCUUGAUUGAUUGAUUGAUUGAUUGGCACCUGUCUGUCUCGGGAGACAACUAAAGAGUGUGCAAACUGUUGGAGAGUUACAGCGCCUGCUGUGGCCGUAAGACACCGAUGCAGGAGAGACAUGUUUUGUUGCAGACGGGGCAGAUGAAGGCGUCCAGUUAUGCUGCUGCAAAUGCGCCACGGCUUUUCUUCUCUCUGCCUUCCUCCCAGCGGUCAUUCCUCCUCUGGUCACUGCUGCGGAUGCACACCCUGACUGUCUCUAGGCACUGUGGUCAUCUGCAAGGGAUUCCCAUCUGGUGUGUUGACGUUGCCGGCUUUCAUAUCACGUUUGCAGACACCAUUGUAACACGGAGUUGGUCUGCCCAUGGACUUGCCCGCAGACCAAGUCCUUGGGGACCCUGUCAUCUUCCAUUCCGGGAAGGGGCAGUAUUCCAUCACACUGCAAAAUAAAAAAAAAUGGACGGGGACACGUGUAGCUGUCCAGUUUUAGAAUCCAAAGAGGAGGAUUUGCAUUUAUUUAUUAAAGUUCUUAUGUUACAUCGGUAAACAUUAUCAUAUUACAUCACAAGGCUCAUUAUACUAUAAUUUUCAACAUGUAUACAAUGUCCACUGUAUUUUUCGCUCUAUAAGACGCACCAGACCAUAAGACGCACCUAGUUUCUGGAGGAGGAAAACAAGAAAAAAAAAUAUUCUGAAUCUCAGAAGCCAGAACAACAAGAGGGAUCGCUGCACAGCGAAAGCAGCAAUCCCUCUUGCUGUUCUGGCUUCUGGGAUAGCUGCGCAGCCUGCAUUCGCUCCAUAGGACGCACACACAUUUCCCCUUACUUUUUAGGAGGGAAAAAGUGAGUCUUAUAGAGCAAAAAAUAUGGUAUAUACUAAAAGGAAAAAACAAGGGCAAAAAACUAUUCCAAAAUCAUAUAUAUACCAACAUUUUGAACUUCCUGUCUAUCCUGUUGUAUAUUCCUUUUUUACAAAUGAAUGUACUCUUAUUAUUGUAUAUUUCUUUACAUUGUAUCUAAUACAUUCCUAUAUCAAUAUGUACCCUUGGUCUUAUUUUUCAACUCAGUCUCUCUCCAACGUCAAUCGAAUGCUAGCAUAGAUAGCGAAACUUUACUGUAUUUUUGAACAUACCAUAUAUGUUAUAUCCCACUUUCCAUAAAUUUUUGUUUUGAAUUGUCUCCCAGGCAACUGUGCCAUUUCAGCAAAUUCUUGUAGCUUGUUAUGCCAAUCUGUUAUUGUCAGGACUUCUUCUUUCUUCCACCCCUUUGCCCCUUUGCCACCAAAGUCCGAGCUGCAGCCGUUGCAUAUAAAAAUACCUCCCUAAAGGCAUUCAGUUUCAGGUGAGAUUCAGGAACGAAUAACUGUGUGGAGGAUGGAUUGCAGGCUUCAUGUGCAUCUUCUUCAAUAGGUACCAGAUUGAGCAUCCUUGUGGACAGUUAACCUGAAUAAUUAGGGCCUGAUAGGAGACAGAGGGGACGCGGGUGGCACUGUGGGUUAAACCACAGAGCCUAGGACUUGCUGAUCAAAAGGUCGGCGGUUCGAAUCCCCGCGACGGGGUGAGCUUCCAUUGCUCGGUCCCUGCUCCUGCCAACCUAGCAGUUCGAAAGCACAUAAAAGUGCAAGUAGAUAAAUAGGUACCACUCCGGCGGGAAGGUAAAUGGAGUUUCCGUGCGGUGCUCUGGUUCGCCAGAAGCAGCUUAAUCAUGCUGGCCACAUGACCCGGAAGCUGUACGCCGGCUCUCUCGGCCAAUAAAGAGAGAUAAGCGCCGCAACCCCAGAGUCGGCCGCGACUGGACCUAAUGGUCAGGGGUCCCCUUUACCUUUAGGAGACAGAGAAUAGGGGUGUUACAAAGUUCUUCUUCUUCGGCGAACACUCGUAGCCGAGUAAGAUUGUCUUCUAUGAACAUGGUCUUAACAGUGAGUCUGUAAGUGACUGGAGGCCAAUUCUGGAUCCACACGUCCUUCCACAGUGGGGACAUAGGUGUCUGGACAGGAAUUGAUCACGGUGAGGGUUUGCCAAGCAUGCCUUCCUCUUAGCUCGCUUCUCCCUUGCGUCCUGAGUUCGAGUGUCUUCAAAGCCCAUGACACCUUUGGUAAAGGCUGUUCUCCAACUGGAGCGCUCGCAGCCAUGUGUUUCCCAGUUGUCAGUGUUAGUACUACAUUUUUUUAAAAGAUUUGCUUUGAGAGAAUCUUUAAACCUCUUUUGUUGACCACCGGCUUUACACUUUCCAUUUUUAAGUUUGGAAUAGAGUCCAGUGGUACCUCGGGUUACAGACACUUCAGGUUACAGAUGCUUCAGGUUACAGACUCCGCUAACCCAGAAAUAGUACCUCGGGUUAAGAACUUUGCUUCAGGAUGAGAACAGAAAUCGCACGGCGGCAGCGGGAGGCCCCAUUAGCUAAAGUGGUACUUCAGGUUAAGAACAGGUUCAGGUUCAGAACGGAUCUCCUGAACGAAUUAAGUUCUUAACCCGAGGUACCAUCGUAGCUGAUUUGGAACUACAAAGGACACCAGCCCACCUGCUUGGACCCCAGUGUUUCCUGGGGUGCCAAUGGCGUUGUGCACAAUCUGCUAUGAGCAUUGCAGAAACUCUAAACAGCUGUAGAAACUGACGCUCCCUGAUCCUUUGUGAUCGUUUGAGGGAUCCACAGCUGUGGUCCUCUGACUGUAUUCAACAGCAAUUUCUGUGUAAAAACCUUGCACCGCCUGCCCUGUAGUCGCUGCCAUUUGACUUGUGGGGAAACCAGGACAUGUAUUUUAAUAUUUGUUUUCAUCCAGCUCAUAUUUAUUCCGCUCCUGACGUUUGAACGUCUGCCUGACUUGCAGAAGCUGCGAGGUCUUGCAUAGCUCUGCAAGCUCACAGCUCAGGUUUAGCAGUGUCUCAACUUGCUACCAGCGGGUGGGGAAGCUUAGCUUUCGUAAAAGACCCGUGCUGUGUGAAUCUAGCAAUCCGGAAACGGGUGGGCUGCCUGGUGUCGUUUCAGUUCCAUGCGCCGAGUAGGUGUGUGGGUGCUUUGAUCCAGCAAGCUCAGCUGCUGGAAAAGGAGCAGCUGUGGUCACCCAUGCCAGGUGAAAACAAAAGCAGAGUUUGGAAAGAUUGCAAAGCAGGCGAGAGCGAGAGAUCUUUCCCCACUUGAGAGAUAUUGCAGACAAAGUCGGAGAGGAGCUCUGAACGGUCUUGCGGGUGGGGGACUCACACGCUCUGUGCGUACAAGGAAGUUGGGCAAGAGGAGGAAGUUCCUUGGUAUAGAUUUGGGUUUCCAAGUACAGUCGCUGGAUGGCUGGUCGGCUUUCAAAUGCAAGAGACCGGGGUGGGGAAAGCAUGCUCUUAGGUGGGAAAUGCGGAAGUCCAAGCGUUUGCUCAUUGAGGAAGUGAGGAUUGCAAGAACGAGGUGGGGAGGAGGAGGAUAAAUUCUUAGCAAGCAGUUGAUUGGACCACUGUGGCAGGAGGGCCACGCAGGAGGGGGACAGAGAGAGAGUGAAAACUUUUAAGGUUGAACCCCCGUUCCGGGAAGCAGCAAUACAUUCCCCCCCCCUUUGUGGACGCUCGUGAUCCGUGCGGGAGGCACGUUCGCAACCCGCAGCGCUGCGCAUGCGCGGGUUGCGAUUUGGCGCUUCUGCGCAAAGUGCAAUUUAGCACUUCUGCGCAUGCGCAACCGCCGAAACCCGGAAGUAACUCAUUCUGGUACUUCCGGGAUUCGGCGAGUCCGUAACCUGAAAAAUCGCAACCUGAAGUGUCUGCAGUCCAGUAUAUGACUGUACUGCAUUUGUUUGAAUAUUGUGGCAUGCACCAGCGAGAGACUGCAGGGACAGCGCUUACUUGGGCUUUGGUUUAAUAGCAUAAGAAGACCCGUGCUGGAUCAGGCCAAUGGCCCAUCUAGUCCAGCAUCCUGUUAUCACAGUGGCCUAUCAGAUGCCUGUGGGAAACCAGCAAGCAGGAUUCUAGCACAAGAGCAAUUCUCUCCUCCUCUGGUUUCCAACAACGGGUAUUCCGAAGCGUCACUGCCUCCUACUGUGGAGGCACAGCAGAGCCUAUAUGGCUAGAGUUAGCCAUUGAUAAGCUUCUCCCUUUGAUCAGAAGGUCAGAGGUUCGAAUCCCCGCGACGGGGUGAGCUCCCAUUGCUUGGUCCCUGCUCCUGCCAACCUAGCAGUUCAAAAGCACACCACUGCAAGUAGAUAAAUAGGUACCACUGCAGCGGGAAGGUAAACGGCGUUUCCGCGCGCUGCUCUGAUUCGCCAGAAGCGGCUUAGUCAUGCUGGCCACAUGACCCAGAAGCUGUCUGCGGGCAAAAACCAGCUCCCUCGGCCUAUAGAGCGAGAUGAGCGCCGCAACCCCAGAGUCGUCCGCGACUGGACUUAACAGUCGGGGUCCCUUUACCUUUUUAAGCUUCUCCCCAAAGAAUUUGUCUAAUACUCUUUUAAAGCCUUCAAGGUCAGUGGCCUUCUUUAGAAAGAUACUGUGAUGUCUUUAGGAUGCAUGGUUUUGUUUACACAUAUAUGCAACCUGAGCUUAGGGAGGGCUCACAGCGUUAACACUCCAACAGAUCUUAGCCCAUGAGGUUCCCAAGGAAGCUGCAAGCUUUGGGUCCUGUACAGAACAAGACAUGUACCUGUGUAUCCAGCUUCCAGCAUCAGCCAAACUCUCUCACGCACAGAGCGCACAACCCUGUGGCCUGUUGUUCUCCAUCCUAGGAUUUCAUCACCUCCAUCCAGGUGAGGAGGCAAAAGAACCCACCUCUUUGGACAUGAAGAUGGUAGUUCUUAGCUGGCCAGUUUAUCUGCAGCUGUUAAAGUCAGAAUAAGAGAACUUCAAACACACGUUGACAAGGACAUGGCUGGCUGAGGUUACUGUUAUGUACUGAAGUUCUCACCCUGGGCCAGCUGGGGGAUACUGUAGAUAGUUAUGCAAAUAAGGGAUCGAAAGUGAUGUUCAGUGAUUGGAUAGUUUUAGAAAGUUGUUACAGUAACAUUGUACUGGAGCUCUAUAUAAGCAGGCUGACUGAACCCUUCAGUUCAGUUCUGUCCUGGCCUGUGAAUAAACAAGAGCUGUUUGAAGAAUCGCUGUGUCACCUGAUAUGUUCACCCACAACUUAACAGUUACCCACGCCGCAAUGUUUUGUGGUAGGAACCCGCUUUCUUUAGAAUUCAAAAGCAAUUGUCAAAUGUUGAUUUUGAGACGAGCUGAUUUUGAGACAAGCAAAGCCAGACCCCUAAAAAAAAAGGUAUACAGAUCACUUACUUUGGUGUGCCUCUGGCGAACCAAGUUUGUUGCCUUUUACCCAAUGCAACACAAGCCUUUGCUGGUAGAACAACAACACACACAGAUUUCUGCUGUAGACCGCCCCUUCUGUGAUGAAUGUAUGAUGUAUUGGGGGUGGUUUUGAGCUACAGGGGAGGCAAUUUCAAAUGUCUAUACAGUGGUACCUCGGGUUACAGACGCUUCAGGUUACAGACUCGACUCUGCUAACCCAGAAAUAGUAUCUCGGGUUAAGAACUUUGUUUCAGCAUGAGAACAGAAAUCGUGCAGUGGUGGUGCGGCGGCAGCAGGAGGCCCCAUUAGCUAAAGUGGUGCUUCAGGUUAAGAACAGUUUCAGGUUAAGAACGGACCUCCGGAACGAAUUAAGUUCUUAACCCAAGGUACCGCUGUAUAAGAGUUUGCACACCAAUGUUCUGGGUCUCCUCGUCCCUCCUGCAUGUGGUGAGUGAGGACCCUGUUGCAACAGCUUUAAUAAAGAUCAGGCUUACUAGCUGCUUUGCUUCUCAAUAUUCUCUGGUUGGCCUCGGUUAUUUUCUCCUACUGAUAGAGAACCUACAUAAGGACUCUGUACAGGCUCUUUGGUAACCCAUAAGGAAAAAGGAUAAGUUUUUUCUGAUAACAAUACUAACCUUUUCCCAGCAAGAGUUCUUCUGUCUGCCAAUUUUGCAGGCAGAUGCUGCCACACCUGGGGAAUGGUUCCCCGCCCCGGCCAAUUUUAAAACCGGUCUAACUAGGUUUUGACACCCUGCAAAGGUUUGGUGGUGGUGUUGUUUUCAAAGUUCACACAGCGCAAAGCCAUGGGCCCUUCACAUAUGCAUCUCCACCCCACAUUUCCUUGCAAAAGCGACCACACGGCAGCUUGCAAAAUGCAGGCCCAGAACAGGGACUCAUGUAGAGGCCUAGGACCCUCGUACCUACGGGACCGCCUCUCCUGUUAUGUCCCACAGAGGAACUUACGGUCUUCAAAUAAAAACAUCUUGAAGGUCCCAGGCCACAGGGAGGUUAGGCUGGCCUCGACCAGAGUCAGGGCUUUUUCGGUCGUGGCCCCGAUCUGGUGGAACGCUCUGUCACAAGAGACCAGGGCCCUGCGGGACUUGACAUCUUUCCGCAGGGCCUGCAAGACGGAGCUGUUCCACUAGGCCUUUGGUCGGGGUUCAGUCUGACUCCCUCUCCCCUUUCAUAAGAACUUGCAUGAAAGUGGCCUCCCAAUUUUUCUCACAGGCCCAUAUAAGUUCAGCACAAACCGUUGGACCGGGUGAGCAUUGAAGGUCCCCAACCCUAAUCUGCGGGUUGCCAUCUGAUUGGAUUUUAUUCUGAUCCUGAUCUGAUUUGAGGAUGUAUUUUAAUUGAUUGUCUGAUUUUAUGUUAAUGUAUUAUACAUUUGAUGUUAGCCGCUCUGAGCCCGGCUUUGGCUGGGGAGGGCGGGAUAUAAAUAAAAAUUAUUAUUAUUAUUAUUAUUAUUUAUUAUUAUUAUUACAGAGAGGCUCCUCUGAGAGUGGGGUAGUAGGAAUUGGACAGCUUGUCCAUUUUACCAGCUGCGGUGGACUUCGGAUGUGUGUGUCCUCUUACACCUCAAAGCACCUGCUGUUGUCUCUCUUGGAGGCGAAAAACAACCGCCGUUGACGUCCCCGAAGCUCGCGCCUUUGGUCAAUUUGGGAAUUGUAUUUGUUAUGUACUGAAGUUCUCACCCUGGGCCAGCAGGGGGAUACUGUAGAUAGUUUUCACUCAGGUCCACAUAUGCAAAUAAGGGAUCGAAAGUGAUGUUCAGUGAUUGGAUGGUUACAGAAAAUGGUUACUGUUGCGUUGUAGUGGAGCUCUAUAUAAGCAGGCUGGCUGAACCCUUCAGUUCAGUUCUGUUCUGGGCCUGUGAAUAAACAAGAGCUGUUUGAAGAAUCGCUGUGUCGUCUGAUAUGUUCACCCACAACUUAACAGUAUUCUUUUGCAGGAGAUCCCGAGCCGAAGCUCCCAGCAUCACAGAAGGCGGCAGCCUCCCAGGUGCCGGCAGGAUUUCCCGACGGAAGAGUCGGCGGCGGAUGACCUGUCCGAACCCUCGGGAGAUCAACCAGGCCUUGGCCUCCAUCACCUUGGGAGAUCUGAACCGAUCCUGCACCCUGGAUGAGCUGAUCGAAAAAUGCCUUCGCUCCUUUGGUAAACCAGAGAGAGGCAAAGGCAGGGGCGGUUGAGGGAUUGGGGCCUUUCCCCUGGACCAGGCAUUUGGUGGGGCUGCUGUGACUUUUUCUGCAGUCCCCUCAUGCAAAGGAACCUGGCAGUGUUCCAGCAACCAAGAGGGAAAAGGCUUUGGGCUUAAUUCCCAGUCUGACCACCAAAAGAAUAUCUGGGCAACCUCUCUUGUUCCCCCGUCUCUAAGCCAGUUUCCUUGGUUCCUUCAACCAGAAUAUUCCCUCUGUCAGAGUCGAGUAAAUUUCAAAAAUGUUGCUGUUAAGCAAGCAAACAAACAAGAGGGUACUUUAAUGUUGUUUAAUUGACCGUAUUGCACAACCUAAUGCACAACACAUUUGUGAUAAUUUUGCACGCACCCCAACAGCCAAAGACUCCAGGGGUGCCAGUGUUUACCCAGGGCUUGGUUUCCUUGCAAAUAUACUGUGAUAUUUGUAGGAUGUUGUUGUUGUUUAGUAAUUUAGUCGUGUCCGACUCUUCGUGACCCCAUGGACCAGAGCACUCCUGUCUUCCACUGCCUCCCGCAGUUUGGUCAAACUCAUGUUUGUAGCUUCAAGAACACUGUCCCACCAGCUCAUCCUCUGUUGUCCCCUUCUCCUUGUGCCCUCCAUCUUUCCCAACAUCAGGGUCUUUUCCAGGGAGUCUUCUCUUCUCAUGAGGUGGCCAAAGUACUGGAGCCUCAGCUUCAGGAUCUGUCCUUCCAGUGAGCACUCAGGGCUGAUUCCUUCAGAAUGGAGAGGUUUGAUCUUCUUGCAGUCCAUGGGACUCUCAAGAGUCUCCUCCAGCACCAGAAUUCAAAAGCAUCCAUUCCUCGGCGAUCAGCUUUCUUUAUGGUCCAGCUCUCACUUCCAUACAUCACUACUGGGGAACCAUAGCUUUAACUAUACGGACCUUUGUUAGCAAGGUGAUGUCUCUGCUUUUUAAGAUGCUGUCUAGGUUUGUCAUUUUAGGUUUUAUUUACACACACACACACACACACACACACAUAUAUAUAUAUAUAUACAACCUGAUCAUAGGAUGGAAGGGCUCACAGCAUUAACACUCCAACAGGUCUUGCCUCCCCGUCAAAAGUUUUGGGUCAAGACAUGUUUCCGUUUCUCCAGCACCAGCAAAAACUCACUCUCACACAGCUCCACCCCCCUCCCCAGCCUGUUUGGUCUCCCUCUAGAGUCUAGGAUGGUGUGGCAUCUAGCCAGGUGAGGUGGGGAAAGUCCUACUCAUCUGUCUCUAUGGCAACAGGCCAACCACUUUGGACAUGUAAAUGGCAGUACUUAGCUGGCCAGCAACGGCCAUUAUCUUGCAAAGGAACUAAUAGGACUGGUUCAAUGGGUUUCCUGUUAUAGAUGCUAGCCUUGUAGUCACAGGCUCACAGGUUUGGAGAAUACCCACAGGUGAAUGAAUGAAUUUUAUUAUUACGGUCACAGACCAGUUCCGUCUCACUUACGAUAUCAGGAAAACCAUAAAACACAACAGGAAUACAUAGAAUUGCAAUUGGCUAUGACAGAGACAAUUCAAAUAUAGCAGCAGUUGAAAAUAUAUAUUAGAAUCAUAGAAUCAUAGAGUUGGAAGAGACCACAAGGGCCAUCGAGUCCAACCCCCUACCAAGCAGGAAACACCAUCAGAACACUCCUGACAUAUGGUUGUCAAGCCUCUGCUUAAAGACCUCCAAAGAAGGAGACUCCACCACACUCCUUGGCAGCAAAUUCCACUGUCGAACAGCUCUUACUGUCAGGAAGUUCUUCCUAAUGUUUAGGUGGAAUCUUCUUUCUUGUAGUUUCCAAGAAAGAAGUCUUGAUCACUAAAAUGAUCACUAAAAUCUUGAUCUUGAUCUUGAUCACUAAAAUAUAACCCAAAAUUGUCAUUUAAAACCUUAAUCAUUUUGUUCCCUAAGUUUUAUGGCAGACGCACAGAAUUUGGCCGCCCUUAGCGUGAUCUCUAGAUCCUUGUCCUCUUCCCGGAGUUUUAGACAUUGAAGUUUGGACCCGUUUGGAGAUUUUUGUAUAACAGGAGUAUUAUCCAGGCAGACCAUCCAGUGGGGUGAGGUUACUGUAUCUUGGGGUGAUAUCAACCAUCCUUCAGAUUGAUAAAGCAGAUUGACAAACCCCCUUCAAUUCCAGUCCUGUUCUUCUCCCCUCCUGCCCUCAAUUGUGUCAUCCUCACCCUUUCUUCUCCCCCUCUAGAUUUGGAUGGAAACCUCUGCACCAGCGACUUCAUGGUGAACAUGACACUGACGGCUCACAGCUGGGUGGUAUCGUCUGCAGAGUUGGCCCGCCUCCUCCUCACUUCAUAUCCUUUCGGAGGUAGCCCUGAGCUGCUUCGGCCGCAACACGGAAAACGUCUCCUGGUCGUGCUUCCAGGCCUUCCUCAUACUCAAAGGAAAGGGAGCAUCUCUUGCAAUGAGGGAGAAGGUUUCAGGAGUGGGGCACUCUAGACUGUUCUCCUUGUCCCCCUGCGUUGUAAAUAAAAAUAUGCCCUUUCACCCUAUGGGGUAUCCAAGAGCCCAUAUAGAGUCCUUACAUAGGUUCCCUAUUGGUAGGAGAGAAUAACAGAGGCCAAGCAGAGAGCUAGUAAGCCUGAUCUUUAUUGAUCAGUUGCAACAGGGUGCUCCUCUCACUCGCAGGAAAGGAGGAGGACCCACAAAAAUGCUGUGCAAGGGCUUAUAAAGACUUUUGAAAUUCCCAUCCUGUAGAUCAAGACCACACCCAGAAACAUCAUACAUACAUCACAGAAGGGGUGUAACUUAAGACCACCCCUCAGAUACAUCACAGGAAAGGUGGUCUUAAAACAGAAAUUUCAAUAUUGUUUUUCUCUUAUCCUUGUUUAUUUCCUGUCUGGCAGGUUACUUGAUUGGAUUGCCUGGGGAGGGGAGCCUGGCCAGUCUUUUGUAGCGAUAAAUAGUUCCUGGGCCAGGUCACAGUCUCACACCCUUAUUCAAACACAGACAUACCCUUAAGACAGGAUUUGUGCAGGAAAAGACAAUGGGGAGGCUUUUCCAUUUUGACCUUGCAGAGAAAACAUUUGCUCAGUUUAGGAAUCAAAUUGGUUCCAGGUUGGCCUUCCUCUGCUGAUCUAUGUAAGUGCUUGGUUGGUACACUUAUGAACAUUACCAUAUAUCUAAGACCAUAAAAUUCCUAUCACACCUGCUAGCCUCUGCCAGAGUUGACAACCUCUGGCAAGGUCAAAGGCAGUGCAUUUACUUCUUAACCCAUGAGAGUUCCCUACAAAACCCUCUGAUUUACAUUGAAGAGAUAGCAAAUAAUUAAUAAUAAUAAUAAUAAUAAUAAUAAUAAUAAUAAUAAUUUAUUUAUACCCCGUCCAUCUAGCUGGGUUUCCCCAGCCACUCUGGGCGGCUCCCAACAAAAUAUUAAUAUUACUGCUACUACUACUACUACUACUACUGUGGGUUAAACCACAGAGCCUAGGGCUUGCUGAUCGGAAGGUCGGCGGUUUGAAUCCCCGUGACAGGGUAAGCUCCCGUUGCUCUGUCCCAGCUCCUGCCAACCUAGCAGUUCGAAAGCACGCAGUGCAGGUAGAUAAAUAGGUACCGCUCCGGCGGGAAGGUAAACGGCGUUUCCGUGCGCUGCUCUGGUUCGCCAGAAGCGACUUAGUCAUGCUGGCCACAUGACCCAGAAGCUGUACGCCGGCUCCCUCGGCCAGUAAAGCGAGAUGAGCACCACAACCCCAGAGUCAUCACGACUGGACCUAACGGUCAGGGGUCCCUUUACCUUUACCUUUUACUACUAUUACUACUACUACUACUACUACUAAUAAUAAUAAUAAUAAAGGGCUGCCUUCAGAUGUCUUAGAAGAGUUGUUUAUUUCUUUGACAUCUGACGGGAGGGCGUUCAACAGGACGGGCGCCACCACCGAGAAGGCCCUCUGCCUGGUUCCCUGUAAUCUCACUUCUCGCAAUGAGGGAACUGCCAGAAGGCCCUCGGUGGUGGACCUCAGUGUCCGGGCAGAACAAUGGGGAUGAAGACUCUCCUUCAGGUUUACAGGACCGAGGCCGUUUAGGGCUUUAAAGGUCAACACCAACACUUUGAAUUGUGCUCGGAAACACCCGGCGCCAUUGCCCACCAAUCUGAGAGGGGUGAAACCUUAACUCAGUUUGCCACCUACCAAGAAGCAUCUCAGAAGAAACAGCCAGAGCGCCAGUUGAGGAUCUGCCACUUCAUCCGGUAUAAAUUCCCACCCCCUUUCCUCCCCUUUGCCCCCAGAUCUUGCCUGGGUACCCGUCUCCCUGAGUUUCUUGUAGAUCCAGACUGACCCUCUCCCCUCUGGCUUCAGUUACUGGCUCCUCAACUACCCAGAGGCCUUUCACCUGGACCCACACCUGGAGGAGGCUAUUGCAGAGAUCUUGGAGGUGGUGAGGAAAGAGGGCCAAGGGGAACACAGUCACCUGCUGAACACCUCUGGCACGUGAGUUCGAGAGAUUCUCAAAGCCAUGAAAGUGCCUCUCCCUAUAUUCCCCUAUGCAUUCCAAUUCUGUAUAGAAUUUUUGAUUAGAGCAGCCCUGGAUUGAUGCAGGAAUACAUGAAGAAAUAUGGUGUUGAAGCAGUUAACAAUUGUUAAGUGUGUAAGGACAAAAGAAGUCAUUAUAAUUUAACAGUUUUCAUGUUAUUUCAUUUUGUUAAAGCAACUGGAAAAAAUAUUAUGAUGGGAAGAUCUCACACAGGUGAAGGGAAGCAGUGGGGAGGAGGGGAGGGUUAGGUUGAAUCUGGGAAAUAAAAUAAUAUAUGGCACAGCAAAGGAUAUAAUAAUAAUAAUAAUAAUAAUAAUAAUAAUAAUAAUAAUAUAUUUAUAAUAAUAUAAUAUAAUAAUAUAAUAUAAUAUAAUAUAAUAUAAUAUAAUAUAAUAUAAUAUAAUAGGUUCUUAUAGAAUAGUAAUAUAUUGUAACCAGAACAGAAGUUCAAAAGGGGAAGUAAAUGUAUUUUUAGUAUUUUCAUUAUUGUAAUAGUUAUUAUUAUUUCUUAUCGGUAGAAGGCAGUUAAUUUAGGCUUCUUCGUUUUGCUGUCUGUAUAAUUUUCUUAAGUCAAUAAUAAAAAAAAGAAAGUGCAUCUCCCAUCCCGCCCCCCCCCAUUUAAAAUUUUUUUUUUAAAGACCCUCCUUCCAUCCCAGAACAGCAAAUGGACCCCAGGAGUCCAUUUUCCCAGUCUCCCGCUCCUUCCUGUCUUCCACAUCUCCACUGUGAGUAAUUUACCACGCUCCUCAGACCAAAUUGCGUUUCCAGUCAAGGGUUUCACUAAGCAUGGAAGCGGGUGGCGCUGUGGUCCAAAGCACCGAGCCUCUUGGGCUUGCUAGUCACAAGGCUGGCGGUUUGAAUCCAUGCAACAGGGUGAGCUCCCAUUGCUCGGUCCCAGCUCCUGCCAACCUGGCAGUUUGAAAGCAUGCCAGUGCAAGUAGAUAAAUAGGUACCACUGCAGCGGGAAGGUAAACGGCGUUUCCAUGCGCUCUGAUUUCCGUCGCAGUGUUCCGUUGUGCCAGAAACGGUUUAGUCAUUACCCGGAAAUCUACCUGUGGACAAACGCCAGCUCCUUCGGCCUGAAAGUGGAGAUGAGUUCUGCACCCCAUAAUCAAAUUCUACUAGAUUUAACUGUCCAGGGGUCCUUUACCUUUACCUUUACUACCUCUAAGCAAGCAGAGUAUUCAGCAUCUAACUUGGUGUUCUGGCCUCGCUUCCUUCCCCAGGAUGACCCGGACGUGGACCCGAUCCCUUAGCUGCCAAAGCAGCCCCGGCUCUGGCAAGAAGAGGAAAGUGUCCCUGCUUUUUGAUCACCUUGACGCAGGAGAGUUGGCCAACCACCUCAGUUACCUGGAGUUCAAGGCAUUCUGCCGUCUCUCGGUAGGGAUCAGCCGACACAAAAGAAAGUAUACUGGAUUAAUAGGGAUGCGGAUGGCGCUGUGGGUUAAACCACAGAGCCUAAGACUAGCUGAUCAGAAGGUCAGCAGUUCAAAUCCCGCGACAGGGUGAGCUCCCGUUGCUCAGUCCCUGCUCCUGCCAACCUAGCAGUUCGAAAGCACGUCAAAGUGCAAGUAGAUAAAUAGGUACCACUCUGGCGGGAAGGUAAACGGCGUUUCCGUGCGCUGCUCUGGUUCGCCAGAAGUGGCUUAGUCAUGCUGGCCACAUGACCUGGAAGCUGUACGCCGGCUCCCUCGGCCAAUAAAGCAAGAUUAGCACCACAACCCCAGAGUCGGUCACGACUGGACCUAAUUGUCAGGGGUCCCUUUACCUUUACCUCAUACUGGAUUAAUACAAAAAACUUAAAACAUUUAUAUUAUCAAGACAUUACCUACUCUAAACAGAGCUAUAAAAGUACCUUAAUAUACAAGUUAGGACAUUAAACAAUAAAAUUUACAAGCUAAAAUUAUCACAUGGCCACUGAUAAAUUAAAAAAUGUUAAUUAAUACAAUGUGCAAUUAUAUUCAGAGUUUGAUGAUAAAGAUAGAAUAUAGCUUGAUGUAGAUAGGGUCAAAUAAAUUCAUCUCCUUCACAGUUGGUGGCUACCUUGGCUAUAUAAUUUGCUCUAAUGUUCCUAGCGGCAGUUGCAAAGAGUGCUACACACCAGGUCACAUACUUAUCUGUGUCUGCGAGGAAAUAUAAAAUCAUGUCAGAGGGGUUCUGGCCAGAGGACCUUGUCAUUAUAGGUGCUAAAAAUCUGGUUUAGAGUUCAACAGAUGGACAACACUAGGCUAGCAAAAAAAUGCCUGAUUGAGCUCUCUGAUGGAUUACCCCUUAAAAACUGGGUACAUCACGCUGCCCAACUGAUGGGCAAAUAUGACCUCUCAGUGACCAGGAUCAAAGAACUUCCCUUAUAUUCCCAGAUUAGAAAUGGUUGCAGAGAUGGGUCAUGUCAGGGGCUGGACUGAGGAGGAAUGGUGCCCUCCCCCCUUCCCCUGAACCUUCCUGAGAACAGAAGGGACAGUAUAGACUUAGAACAGCGGUUUGCAGAAGGUCAUAGUUCAGAGGCUGCAGAGGGGAGAAGCUGGGAAUUAUUGGGAGAGGAAGAAGAAGAAACCCCAGGGGAGAGACAGCUGACAGAUUCAGUGUCUUUGGAAAGCAUUCCUGACCCCCCCCCUCCCAGGACCAGGUGGGCAUUGAGAGUAGGAGAACAGAAGGCUCAGAGGCAGAAAGCUGAGAUCAGCCGGUGCAAGGGUGACGUACAAUAGGCCACCAGAUGUCAAAGAGAAAAAUAACUACCAAACUUUUAGAAGACAUCUGAAGGCAGCCCUGUUUAGGGAAACUUUUAAUGUUUAAUAGGUUAUUGUAUUUUAAUGUUCUGUUGGAAGCUGCCCAGAGCGACUGGGGAAACCCAGCCAGAUGGGCGGGGUAUAAAUAAUAAAUUAUUAUUAUUAUUAUUAUUACAAUGAUCAGUGCAGAUCACCAUGUGUUAAGUGCCCUUAGGAAACUACAGUUCCCAGAAUCCUUUGGCAGCAGCCACCACUCUUUAAAGUGGUAUCACAGUGCUUUAAAUGCAACGUGUGAAUGUGGCUGUACGGCUGUCUUUAUACAGUCACACCUCGGGUUACAGAUGCUUCAGGUUGCGUUUUUUUGGGUUGCAGACCGCCGAAACCCGGAAGUACCGGAACGGGUUAGUUCUGGGUUUCGGUGGUCGCACAUGUGCAGAAGCACUGAAUUGCAACCUGUGCAUGCGCAGACAUGGGUUGCGAAUGUCGCAACCUGAAAGAAGAGGACUACCAAGAAGACUGGAAGAAAUUCAAAGACUAUUUGAACAAAUAUUCUAAUAUUAAAGAUAUGUAACCACUUGAAAGAACCAAUCAGGCCUAGGAUUAAAUUAGACUUAAAUAUAUAAAUAAGUAAAUGUACUAUGAGAAAGGUAAAGAAAUUGGAAUACGACUGUAAUAUUGUUUUACGAAAUAAUGAUAUUGGAAACUGCUACAUUCAAAUUAAGAGGAAAUUCAGAUGGAGGAGAUUAGAGGAAGUCAAGCAAAAUGUUUGUGAAAAUGGAUUUUAAUUAAUUAACUGAGUUUCUUUUUUCCUGUUUAUGUAUUUUAAGUUAUUCUUUCCCCCCCUUCUUUUUCACCUUUCUAUUGUGUUGUCGUAUUUUUUUUCUUUUCUUUUGUUAUGUCUAUUGAUGAAAAUUAAUAAAUAUUAUUGGCAAAAAAAAAGACAUGGGUUGCGAAUGUGCAUUCUGCACGGAUCACGUUCGCAACCCGAGUGUCCACUGUAUUGGCAACUGCAGGCAGCCAGGGCUGUUAAAAUAGAAAUUAAGAUGCUACAGUGGAUGUUUCAGUGAAGUUCCCUUCCUCCACCCACCCCUGUCCAUCCUUGCUUGGUCACCUUUCUGUUAGUGGCCUUUUUGGGUUUCUGCAGCAGAGAUCCCACCCCAAAUUACACAUCUCCGAUUGCAGCGAAGUCAAACCUCGUGAAAUUGCCGUCCCUGUCACUCCCCUCUGUCCCAGGCUUGUCUGCAAAGGCAUUGAACUCCUGAUGGGCUGUGCUUUGCUCACAUGCAGACAGACAUGUAGAGAUCUCCAGCAAGAGAUUGUGCGAGAUCAGAUCAGAAGCUGGGGCUUGCCUUACUCUAAUCUUUCUACCUCAUUGGGUGUUGGGGGUUGAAUUCCGCCACUGGUCUAGGGGAAGAUAAAAUAAUGACAUAUUUCUUUGUUCCGUUUCUGCCCCCAUCCCUCCUCCCAAAUGGAACCCAGGGUGGCAGACGUAUCCCUAGCAUGAAAAAAAACACCCACAUUUUAAAAAGCAUUCUAAAACAUUUUCCUAAACAGUUAUUUUAAGGUUGCAUUUGCAGAACCAGGUGGUCUCCUGGUGCAUUUAGAAUUUCAGUCCUACCCUUCAAAGGAGGCAGGUACUUCUUCCAUGCCACCAGGUGACUUUCCUUGACGGCUAUGGUCAACCUCAACUGUUAAGGCAGCAGGUGCUGCUUGUGUAAAAGAUCUACACUGGCUUCCAGCAUGCUUCCGAGCACAAUUUUAAAGUGUUGGUGUUGACCUUUAAAGCCCUAAGCGGACUCGGCCCUGUAUACCUGAAGGAGCAUCUCCACCCCAAUUGUUCAGCCCCGACACUGAGGUCCAGCUCCGAGGGCCUUCUGGUGGUUCCCUCCCUAAGAGAAGUGAGGUUACAGGGAACCAGGCAGAGGGCCUUCUCGGUGGUGGCGCCCACCCUGUGGAACGCUCUCCCGUCAGAUGUCAAGGAAAUAAACAACUACAGUGGUACCUCGGGUUACAGACGCUUCAGGUUACAGACUCCGCUAACCCAGAAAUAGUACCUCAGGUUAAGAACUUUGCUUCAGGAUGAGAACAGAAAUUGCGCAGUGGCAGGCCCCAUUAGCUAAAGUGGUACCUCAGGUUAAGAACAGUUUCAGGUUAAGAACGGAUCUCUGGAACGAAUUAAGUUCUUAACCCGAGGUACCACUGUAUCUGACUUUUAGAAGGCAUAAGAAGGCAGGGAGGUUUUCAAUAUUUGAUGUUUUACUGUGGUUUUAUAAUUUGUUGGAAGCUGCCCAGAGUGGCUGGGGGAAUCCAGUCAGAUGGGCAGCAUAAUAAAUAAAUAAUAAUAAUACCACAAAUAUAAUUUCCCCAGAUGAUCUCAUUGAUCUCGCAUAUCUCUAAGGAGGGAAUUGUGGUCUGUAGAUCUAAUCCGUUCCCAGAAGUGGGAUUUGAGGGCGCUGCUCUCAGGUCCCUGCAGUUAGGAAAGCUGUCUGGUCGAGGGUCUCGUACAGAGAGGCCACCAAACCAGGUGCGCUAGGAAGAGAAGCUGCAGGAGCUAGUAAGCUCCCCUUGAAACCCCUGAGAGGGUCUGCCCUGUGGCAGAUCGCUAACAACGUGCUUCUCAGAAGACAUCUCUUUCCCCCACUUGAUUUCGCUUACCGGGGAAAACCAAAGGAAGUACAUCAUGUAUCAUUAGCUAAGAGAAUUCGCUACCCACAAGAUGUAGCGAUGGCUUAUUAGACAAAUUCGCAGAAGCCUCUGAGACGGUCUAUCUCAUUGGGUGGUGUGGCCAUCCGCUUUGCACCCCUUUUUGCCUAAUUCCCCGAUGGGCCACUGAUGAAAAGGGAUCUCUGCAUUUAGACGAGAGAUGGGGAGAAUUUGCCAGAGUUCUCAUUCAAAGGCAAACCAAACAUAGGAAGAAAUUUCUGGCAGUAAGAGCAGUCCGAAAGUGGACCCGAUUCCCUCGGGAGGUGGUGGGCUCUCCUUCCUUGGGCGCUGGAUGGCUACCUGCCAUGGAUGCUUUGGGGGAGAUUCCUGCAUUGCAAGAGGUUAGACUAGAUGACCCUUGAGAGUCCCUGCCUUUUGCAAUUUGCGCUUCUCUGAAUUUUGCAGUGCAGUUCUGCAGUCAAGUAACGCGUACAACAAGGCAUAGACUGCAUUUAGGGUUAAGCAUCCCUAAAAAUGCUCUGAAAUAAUGAAUUAUUUUAGGAAAAUCACAUUGGGAAAAUGCACACUUUUUUUAGGCGCUAUUGCAUGCAAACAUUUGCACAUUAGAUCUUCACGCUAAAAUGCCGGUGAGUUUUCGGCAUUUAAAAAAGAAAUGUCAAACUGGUGUGAAAAUGCAGAUAACUGAAGACUGGAAAAUCGGGGCACAGAACAGAUUUGGCCAUUCCUAAUUUAGAGAGACAAUUUUUCUUCUAGUAAGAUUUUAUUUAUUAUUAUUUUUUAAAAAAUCUUUCUCCCUGUUAUGUGUUGGGCAGUACUUGGAUUUCCAGAAUUACGUGCUGCGGGGGUCAGUGCGGGGCAGUCCAGCCCUGGAGCGGGCCAUCGCCUUGUGCAACAGCAUCUCCCAGUGGGUGCAGGUCAUGGUCCUCAACCGACCCACGCCCCAGCAGAGGGCGGAAGUAUUCACCAAAUUCAUCCGUGUGACUCUGGUAAGCAAGUUCGCCGCCUGCUUUGCUGGAAGAAGGGGGUGACAGCAGAAAGGGGGGCUGAAGGGGUGCAAAACCCUGUGCAGAGCUCACGUUCCUUAUGCUGUGCAUCGGAGGAGACCAUCUCUACCCAUAUACUUGCUGGCUAGAGGAGAGAGUUCCUCUGAGCAUGUUCAGAGCACAGCCUCCCUCUGCGAUCAUCGCAGCGAGUGAUCCAACGUGGCUUAGUUUUAAAGGUAAAGUGACCCCUGACCAUUAGGUCCAGUCGCGGACGACUCUGGGGUUGCGGCACUCAUCUCACUUUACUGGCCGAGGGAGCCGGCGUACAGCUUCCGGGUCAUGGGGCCAGCAUGACUAAGCCGCUUCUGGCGAACCAGAGCAGCGCACGGAAACGCCGUUUACCUUCCCACCGGAGCGGUACCUAUUUAUAUACUUGCACUUUGACGUGCUUUCAAACUGCUAGGUUGGCAGGAGCAGGGACCGAGCAACGGGAGUUCACCCCGUCACAGGGAUUUGAACCACUGACCUUCUGAUCGGCCAGUCCUGGCCUCUGUGGUUUAACCCACAGCGCCACCCGUGUCCCUGGGAGAGUUUUAAAUCCUGACAAAUGAAGGUUGGGGGACGAGGAGAUAUGCGUUUGUAUUUUUAAAAGAUGGCUCCCAUGAAAUGCUGGUGAUUCUUCCUGCCCCUCCUCUCACCCCUCUGUGUUUUCCUCCGCUACUUGCAGAAGUUAAGACAACUGCAGAACUUCAGCACCCUCAUGGCCAUUGUGGGGGGGCUUUGCCACAGCGCCAUUGCCCGCCUCAAAGACACCCACGCGCUUCUGCCUUCUGAGAUCACUAAGGUAGGAACUUUGUUGUGGGGGGAGGAAAGAGGGAAAAGUUUAUAAUAAUAAUUUAUUAUUUAUACCCCGCCCAUCUGGCUGGGCUUCCCCAGCCACUCGGUGCAGCUUUCAACAAAAUAUUAAAAUACUGUAAUACAUCAAACAUUAAAAGCUUCCCUAAACGGGGCUGCCUUCAGAUGUCUUCUAAAAGUUUGGUACUGUAUUUUUUGCUCUAUAAGACUCACUUUUUCCCUCCUAAAAAGUAAGGGGAAAUGUGUGUGCGUCUUAUGGAGCGAAUGCAGGGUGCGCAGCUAUCCCAGAAGCCAGAACAGCAAGAGGAAUUGCUGCUUUCACUGCGCAGCGAUCCCUCUUGCUGUUCUGGCUUCUGAGAUUCAGAAUAUUUUUUUUCUUGUUUUCCUCCUCCAAAAACUAGGUGCGUCUUGUGGUCUGGUGCGUCUUAUAGAGCGAAAAAUACGGUGGUUGUUGUUCUCUUUGACAUCUGGGGAGGUAUGCUAGAGAGGGAGUCAGGUGCUGUUUCCUUCCAAGUGUGGAAGCCCUCGGGUUCGGCAGCCAAAAUAGCACUUUCAAAAUCUACCAGAAGAGGCAGGAGGAAAUGGGAGCAGUUCUCUCAGCAAGGGCCGGCUCUACCAUUAGGCAGAGCAAAGUGUCCACCUCUGGCAGCACAAGGGAAGAAGAGUGCAGCACUGGCCCAAGGUGUUUUGCUGCCCAAGGCGAAGCAGCGAAUAGUGUGUUAUCCGCCCCCACAGCCCAGUUAUUUUGUCACACGCAGCAGGAAAUUCCGAAAACACCUCUUCCCUUCUCUGACACUGAAAUAAAAUAAUUGCAAACUAAACGUCCACUAGAUAAUUGAAAAAUGUUCACACCAAACGUUUUAAGCACCCUGAAACCACUUUUAACAGACAUGGCUUCUCCACAAAGAGUCCUGGGAACUAUAGUUUGUUUAGGGUGCUGAGAGUUGUUGAGUGUUCCCAGGACUCUUUUGGGUGAAGCCAUGACAGGUAAAGUGGUAUCAAAGCUCUUUAAAGGUAUGGCGUGGUUGUGGCCUAUUUGCUUUCCUUUCGUGUUACCCGAAAUCUUCUGCCUGGCAUGGCUGCCUGUGCUGGCCCGGGGGGGGGGGUUUACUGUGAGGCGUGGUCGGAGUCCGGUCCUGGGUCGAGGGUCUGGAGUCUGUCCACCAAGAGUGAAGCGGGGUCCAAAGCAAGAAGCAGGGCAUGGUCGGGAACUCCGGAAGAACAGGUCUGGGUUCUGGCAGAAACAGGUUUCCAACGACGUUGCUCCCGCAACCUGGGACCGGGCUGACUGACCUUUAUCUUCUCUGAGGCCAGGGGCGGCACCGGCCCACAGGUGACCCGCCUCUCCUGGCCUUAAGGCUAGCACUCCUCCUGAGAGAACCCAGUUCCCUCCGCCUCUCUGCCCUGAGCCUCUGCAGCUCAGGAGAGGCUGGAGGGUUACUGGACCCAGGGGCAGCUUCACCUUCCCCUGACAGGGCUGGGAGAGGCGCACAUGCAGGCAAUGGGUCCUCAACCACCUCUGGAGCCCGAGUGGAUACAUCUGGUGUCUGCUCCUGAGGAUCCGGCACAGGUGCAGACCCUGCCCCGGCUCAACCGGCCCUGGAGGCGGGGACUCCUGUGCAGGCUGGGACUCCUCAGGUUCAGCUUCUGAAUCAGAUUCCCAGGCCAUCACACUGCCCAGUGGUAGGGCUGGCCCCGAGAGAGCAGACAGAGGUGUGUGCCAUGAGAUCUGCACCUACUAGGAUAGCUGGUUGACCUCAGGCGUGGUGGCAGGCACAUCGCCAGUGCUGAAGUAAGAUUCACCUGCCGGUCUGGUUCAUUUUUGUACACCGAAUGGCGAAGGCACCAUUUUGCCAUCCGUCUCAGGUGGAAAACCCUUUUGGGCUGACUCUGCCCUUACCCUCUGACCACAACAUCCUCUUCAACAUUGCUUCCUUUUUGCCCCCAGACGCUGUCCGAGAUGACGGUGUUGCUCUCCUCGUGUGGCAACUACAGAACGUACCGACGGGUUUAUGCCGAUUGCGAUGGCUUCAAGAUUCCCAUCGUCGGCGUCCACCUCAAGGACCUGGUGACUUUGCACGAGGCCAUGCCCGACCACGUGGAUGGCGGGCGGCUCAACUUAAGCAAGCUGCAGAGUUUGUACGAGCCGGCGAGGGAACUCCGGGUUCUGCAACAAGCCAGCCCUCCGUUCAAAGCCAACAAAGAUCUGGUGCACCUACUCACGGUAAGAAACGGAUAACCUAAGUCGUGAGGAGGAGGAAAUAGAAACUGUGGGUUUGGGCACAUAUGUACGUGUGUGCCAGACGUCCAGGGAUGCUCGUGCAGCCCCCGCUAGGAUGGGACAAAAUGCCCCCGCCGUAGCUAAUGCAGCCACCGACUUGAAUGGAUCGGGUUGCAUCCAUCCUAUGCAUUUAAAACACUCUUGUGCCUCUUUAACAGUCGUGGCUUCCCCCAGAGAAUCCUGGGAGCUGUAGUUUAAGGGUGCUGAGAGUUGCUAGGAGACGCUGCUAAUUCCCCCCACCCUGAGCUAUAAUUCCCAAAGCGGUUCCACAAUCAAUCCCUAUUUCCUUUUUUUAUAUAUAAUAUUUUUAUUAGGUUUUUUAACAUAUCAUUUCCAACAUUCAUAUAGCAUAAUUUAUUACCUUAUACAAUGUUUUUGACUUCCAUCAGCUCCUCUGGUGAUUUCCCGUUUUUAUCACUUAUUCCGCAUUUCCUAAUUUUCCUAUUCCUCUUAUUUAUCAUUAACAAAUAUUUCUCUUCCUAGUCUUUUUUUGCAAUAUUUCAAAUAAUCCUCCUUACAAAACUUCUUGCAAUCCUACUAGCGCCAUCUGUUCAUUACAAUUACUUUCCAAAUAGUUCGUAUAUUUACUCCAGUCUUCUGAGAAUCUCUGGUCCUGCAGGUUUCGAAUCCUUCCUGUUGGUUUAUCUAGCCCUGCAUAGUCCAUCAGUUUCAUCCUCCAUUCUUCUUUCGUCGGUAGUUCUUUUUGUUUCCAUUUUUCCAAUCAAUCCCUAUUUCGAGGGAACUCCGUGAGGCAGGAUAGAUAGCUCGGCACCCUUAAACUACGUCUCCCAAUAUUCUUUUUUUGGGGGGGGGGUUCCAUUAGCUCAAUUGGUUAGAGCGUCAUUCUGAUAAUGCCAAGGUUGUGAGUUUGAUCCCAUUGUGGUAGAAUGGGCCACCAUGUUGCAUCAGUUAGGACAAGAAGGCAGAAUGCCAUGACGGCAACCGUCGCCUAGCAACCGCAGCCGGAGGCAGGAAGUGUUGCGGUUGCCUAGCGGCCUGGCUGCCACUGGUGCCGUGCGUGGCCCUCGGAGUACGUUCACGUGUGACUCAGUAACCACAACCUCUGGGUUGCCUAGCAGCCAUGACUGUGGGGAAAUUGAGCCACGCCGGUUGAAGCUGUGGGGCCUAGCAGCAGGCCUCUUUGCGGCCUAGUAAACAAGCUGCCCUCACGUAGCCUCCUCUGGCUCCUCAUGCAAUGCGUCGCCUAGCAACCGCCGACUUCUGUGCUGCUUAGCAACCGGACCAGGGAGCAGGGCGGGGGGGGAUUAGUGUCAGUGUUUGUUAAAAAAAGGGGGGGUUCUGACCUCCCUUUGUUGCCUCAGCCUGGUCCUCGGACCCUUGUCGGCAUAAAAGAGUCCACGAGAAAAGUAUCCUUGCAGAGUAUUUUCUGCUUUUAUUCUUAAAAGUCUUUCUGCAAAGGCGACUGACCAACUGUACACACAUCAAUACUACCAGCUUUCACUAACCAACCAACCAACACAACUAACAUUUCUCACUCUAUAUAUACAACCCGGUGCAGGCCGCUGACUCAUGCUGACCCAGCUUUUUUAAGCAUUAAAGAAACAGCGGCCAUUUUAGCCGUGACAAUUAGCACCUUAAAUUGUUUAAAUUUUAUAUCCUGCCCUUCCUUCCCAGGGAGAGCCGGCCAGCAAGCGGUGGAUCAGUGAAAGCAUCCAAAAUGUGGAUGCAGACCAGGAAAGAUACCUAUUUUAAAAGACUUGUUGGAAGGGGGAGGGCUUCAGUAUUACUAAUUGUUACUGUUAUUGUUAUUUUUUAUUGUUGUUGUUGUUAUACCGCCCUUCACUCAUAGAUCUCAAGGCAGGUCACAGCCUAAAAUUACAAUCUACAAAAUUACAUUUCAAUCGGCGCUAGAAAGACAACAGGGAUGAACUAGCCAGUUGCCUGGGCCCAGAUGGGAUAAUAGUUUAUUCGGGAACUGCCUUACAAGGAGCAGCUGUAGGGCUGCCAUACGUCUGGGAUUUCCCAGGCAUAGCUGAGAUCCAUCUGUCAAAAAUGGCAUCCGGGCAGAUUUUUCGCUUUAUCGGAAGUCUUGUUUCGCUUGCGAAUUUCCUUAAAGAAGCUCAGCAACUCAGUCAAAGAAAAAGCUCGACAACUUUUGUGCCCGGAUUUUCACUUUUUGAAACAUGGCAACCCUAAGCAGUUGUGCGUGGGGACGUAAUGGGGAGUUGUGUCAGAACGGUGGUGCGGCGAUUCUUCUGAGAACCUCGUACAGACACCAGAGAAUGAGUCGAGGGUACAGGAAGCUGUCUAUCCACAAGAAACAGCGAGGAUAAUAAUAAUAAUAAUAAUAAUAAUAAUAAUUUUUUAUUUAUACCCCGCCCUUCCCGGUUCAGAAAACCGGGCUCAGGGCGGCUAACAACAAAUUUAAAACACUUAAUUGAUGCAACAAAAAACAGCAUAAAAUACAGUAUAAAACAUGAAUAACAAUAAAUUCAGAAUUCAAAGAUCAAUUUAGGGGGGAAAUCCAUCCAAUAAACAUUAGAUGAUCACCAGGGCUAGCUGGCUAAGUCAGUCCUACAGAUGAGCCAUAUAGAUUGAAUGUGCUUCCCAUUCAACACUUGACUUGGGACUCUUGAUUGCAGCCGAUUCUGGAGGGCAGCCCUUCGCUGCCACUAAGGGUGUGACUUAAUGGGACCAUUCCCUUGUAUAACUUUCCUUUCCUCUCCCAGCUCUCCCUAGACCUCUACUACACAGAUGAGGAGAUCUACUCCCUCUCGUACGCCCGUGAGCCAAGAGGUUCCAAAUCACUGGUAAGAGGGCAGAGAAGGACCAGGGAGCCAAGGAGUUUUUGGGGAGCCUUGGCUCAAUCCCAUCUAUCUAUCUAUCUAUCUAUCUAUCUAUCUAUCUUUCUUUACCAUAUUUUUUGCUUAUAAGACUCACUAUUUCCCUCCUAAAAAGUAAGGGGAAAUGUGUGUGCUUCUUAUGAAGCGAAUGCAGGCUGCGCAGCUAUCCCAGAAGCCAGAACAGCAAGAGGGAUUGCUGCUUUCACUUCACAGCGAUCUCUCUUGCUGUUCUGGCUUCUGGGACUCAGAAUAUUUUUUUGUUUGUUUUCCUCCUCCAAAAACUAAGUGCGUCUUGUGGUCUGGUGCGUCUUAUAGAGCAAAAAAUACGGUGUGUGUGUGUGUGUGUGUGGUUUUUAUCAUUUUCAACAAUUAUUAAACAUACUUUUAUACCUUAUACAUUUUUUUUUACUUCCACCAAUCACAUCUGAAAAUUUCCCAACCUUUUCACUUAAUUUACAUUUCUUACGUUCGCUAUUACAUUUAAAUGUCAUAACUAAUGUCUCUCUUCUUUCUCUUUGUUGCAAUAUUUCAUAUAUUUCUCCUUACAAAACUUAUUGCGUAAUUUGGUGAUUACAGUGGCUCUUCAAAUAGUUCGUAUAUUUCUUCCAAUCUUCUGUAAAUCUCUGGUCCCGCAGGUUUCGAAUCCUUCCUGCCAUUUUAUCCAAUUCUGCGUAGUCCAUUAAUUUUGUCUGCUGUUCUUCUUUCGUCGGUAUGGCUCAGUCCCAUCUCUCACACUUUGUUUGCCCCCCCCCCCUUCACAGCCUCCUACACAGUUCAAGCCCCCUAUGGUUGUGGAAUGGGCACCGGGGGUCACUCCCAAGCCUGACCGGAUCACCGUCAAGAGGCACGUGCAGCAAAUGAUUGAGGUAAAAACAAGCCAAUGGCAGGGCCAAACAGGCAGCUGGCUACUGGUGUGGUACCCGUUUCUGCUUUUGGCUUUAAAUGGCAGUAAAACUGCGGAAACUGCUUCUUUUUCCAAUGCUCCCACCAAAAAAGAUUGGAAAUAUGAGUUAACGGACUAUGCCGAAAUGAUCAAUUGGAAACCUUAGAAAUUAAGAUAACGAGUUUAGGGUUAUAAAGACCAGGACUAGCCGCCUGAGAAACAGUUUCUACGCAAAUGCAAUUCUGGUUCUAAACGAGCAUAAGGAGUCUCUAUAGUAUAUUGUAUUUUAAAAUGGGAUUUCAGAGUUUUUAGGGGUUUCUAAAUGUUUUAUAUAGAUUUCCAAUUUCAUUGUUCUGUAUGGGACAAUGACGAUAAAGAUAUUGUAUAAAAAGAAAUUAGGAGUGUUUACUGCAUAUUUAUAAAAGCAAUGUACAUACAUUGGCAGGAUUUCAGGGAGCACUUGUAAUUUUAUGAAGAAAGUAUAAAAUGGGAAGUUAAGAGAGUUAAGAAGUAAUAUGGACAUACAUAAAAUAAAAUAUUGUAAAGGAACCAGGGGCAGGAGUAGAGAGAAGGAGCUAAGCAAUCCCAUUUUUUGGAAUUUUUGGUGAUCCAGUAUAUAGAUUUAAUAAAAAAAUUUUGUUAAAAGACUGAUUUUUCUCUGUGAAAACUAAUAAAAAUAUUGAGGGGGAGUGCAAAUGGCAGUAAAACUCAUGAAGCCAAAUGGACCUGAACGCUUUCCUUUCAGCCAGUGUCCUUUCUAAGGACAGCUCUGCACCAUGAAUUUUAAAAAGCACAUCCAAUUCAUAUUUAAAACAAAUGAUUCCCCUGCCUCAAAGAAUCCUGGGAACUGUAGUUCCCCCCUCACAGAGCUAUAGUUCCUAUAACCCAGGCAUAGGCAAACUCUGCCCUCCAGGUGUUUUGGGACUACAAUUCCCAUCAUCCCUGACAACUGGUCCUGUUAGCUAGGGAUCAUGGGAGUUGUAGUCCCAAAACAUCUGGAGGGCUGAGGUUGCCUAUGCCUGCUAUAACCUGUAACAAACUACAGUUCCCAGAAUUCUUUGGAGAAAGCCAUGUGCUGUCAAUGUGCCUCAGAGGUGCUUUAAAUGUACGAUGUGGAUGCGGCCACAGACUCAACCCUUUCUGCCCAUAAGCAUGGAUCAAAAAGUUGCAUAGAAGGAUGUCGACUGGCCAUAAAUAGCAAAUCGAAAUUGCAAAUAAGGCAGAUGGUGUGUGCUUUUUAAAGGGGCAUGUUGCAUAUUGCAGGUUGUGUUGUGUUCUGAGGCGUUGCAGUUUGAACUGCACAUUAUAUUUCCACGGGAGUUCCAGGCUGGGUGUGAGUGUGCAUGUGUGCGUCACCGCCACAGCUCUCCGCUGUAGCUCUGUAGCACUGGGUAAAGUUUGUUGACUUCUUGGGUUGCUUAGCUUGAUUACGGCAGGAACAUUUUGCAUGACCUAAUUGGAGAGAGAGAGGGUAUUGCACAGUUAUCUACGUGCAUUUCAUGGGUGCAUUUGUCACCGAACAAUUCCGAGAUUGCAUUGCAUGCGUUUGUGCCGAACACUGACAUUCUCGACAUUUGCGGUCCCUGCACCACAAUCGUCUAUUUCUUUUGCGCCGUGUUGUCGGCCAGUGUUCGGUUGAAAUUAAGCCGCCUGCCAGCCUGCCUACCACCACCUCUGUCUGUUCUGUCCUUUGUGGCACAUUGGGCGGGUGCUGUUGUGAUCUGGAGUCGUGUUUUGUGGCUCUGUAACCCCGGUGGGUGCCGGAGGGCCCCGUCAGAGGUGCCUGUUCCCGCUUUACUCCACCCCCUUCCACGCAGAGUAAAGGAAGAGGCCACUCCAACCACUUCCUUUUCUGCAAAUUAAAGUUUGCUGCUGAAACAGGCCUUGGUGGGGGGAGGAGGGGUAAGAGAUACCCUCCUCUCCCCCAUUUGACAGAUGAAAGCGUCAAGAGGCUGAUAAUGUCUAAGAUUUCUGUCUAAAGCCCCUAACUGUGGACUGCUCAACACUGCCCUGUGCCAGGCAGUGGGGAGGUUGGUUCAUAGGUUGCCCCAUCAACCUCAUUCUGCUUCCAUAGCCAGCUCUGCUACCCUCUCACCACCCCCCUGGCACACCCGACUUCUUCCUUACAACCAGUUCGAGUUGCAAAGCCUCCCAGCUUCCUUAAGUCUCAGCGCUGCCCUUGCAGAACUCAGAAGGAAGAAGAUAAGAUGAAAAAUUAGAAUGCGGGCGACGUUCACAUUAGCAAAGUGUAGUUUGGUGCAGGAAACAGGACAUGCACGACUCCUGCGUUGUGACCCUCCACUACUAAUAAUGUGACCCUACUACUAAUAAUCCUGCCAACCUAGCAGUUUGAGAGCAGGUCAAAGUGCAAGUAGAUAAAUAGGUACCACUCCAGCAGGAAGGUAAACGGCGUUUCCGUGCGCUGCUCUGGUUCGCCAGAAGUGGCUUAGUCAUGCUGGCCACAUGACCCGGAAGCUGUACGCCGGUUCCCUCGGCCAAUAAAGCGAGAUGAGCGCCGCAACCCCAGAGUCGUUCGCAACUGGACCUAAUGGUCAGGGGUCCCUUUACCUUUUUACUACUACUAAUAAAUUUUAUUUAUACCCCGCCAAGACCGGGCUCAGGGCGGCUAACACCAAAUAUAAAAACAAUUGAUUGAAAUACAGCUUAAAAAACAAGAUUAAAAUACAACAGUAAAACAUAAAAAUGCAGCCUCAUUUCAGCGGAAACUCAAUCAAAAACUUUUUUGGGGAUAAAAACGCCAAGUCUUCACCAAGAGUAACUAUCCAGAAUGGUCCUACAUGGGCCAGAAAAAAGCCAGGGAAGUCCCCAAAAAGGAGUUCCAACACAGAAGGGGAAAGGAAAAAAGAAAGAGGUACUACUACUACAACAAAGUUGGCCGCCAUGACUGUAACAACUACCGUGCCCGGAGACAGACAGGUUGUGCAUCCGUAGUGGUGACCAGAGGAGGAAGGACCGCUGGGAGGAGUGCAGAGAGAAUAAACACCAUGGUACAUCUGCAACGUGGGACGUGGGUGGCGCUGUGGGUUAAACCACAGGGCCUAGGACUUGCCGAUUAGAAGUCAGCGGUUCGAAUCCCCGCGACGGGGUGAGCUCCCGUUGCUCGGUCCCUGCUCCUGCCAACCUAGCAGUUCGAAAGCACGUCAAAGUGCCAGUAGAUAAAUAGGUACCACUCUGGUGGGAAGGUAAACGGCGUUUCCGUGCGCUGCUCUGGUUCGCCAGAAGCGGCUUAGUCAUGCUGGCCACAUGACCCGGAAGCUGUACACCGGCUCCCUCGGCCAGUAAAGCGAGAUGAGCGCCGCAACCCCAGAGUCGGUCACGACUGGACCUAAUGGUCAGGGGUCCCUUUACCUUUACUGAUAGCUCUCAACAGCCUGAACUAUAGUUCCCAGAAUCCUCUGGAGGACGCCAUGACUAUUUAAAGUGGUAUGAUAGUGCUAUGAAUGCUUAGUGCAGCUGGGAGCGAAGUAUGUUCAACUUUUACAGUGGUACCUCGGGUUACAGACGCUUCAGGUUACAGACUGUACUAACCCAGAAAUAGUACCUGGGGUUAAGAACUUUGCUUCAGGAUGAGAACAGAAAUCGAGCAGUGGCGGCAGCGGGAGGCCCCAUUAGCUAAAAUGGUACCUCAGGUUGAGAAAAAGUUUCAGGUUAAGAACGGACCUCUGGAACGAAUUAAGUUCUUAACCUGAGGUACCACUGUAUAAUCACUCGUUCUUCUUGCUUAUCCCAGCCUCCUCCUCCUCCUUCCCCCCUCCACUUGCUGCCUUGUCUCGGUAUCUGGAUUUCAACCCCCUCGGGGCAGGGACCUGCCAUCUCAUCCUUUGGGAAGAGGUGUUAAAUAUACAGCAGGUGUAUGUUUAGAGGGCAAUGCCCACGUUCUCUGCCUUCUCAUCUUCCAAUGGGUUCUGACAAGACUCCUUUCCCCAACAGACGGUGUUCAAGAAUUACGAUCCUGAGCAGCGGGGUUACAUCUCGGAGGAGGAUUUCGAGAUCAUCUCCACGAGUUUCCCCUUCUCCUUCUAUGGGCUGGAAAGAGAGCGGUGAGUGAACAGGAUUUCAGGAGAAGACUCUUCAUGGAUGUGACAACAGCUGCCCGAAUGCUGUUAGCCCAGAGAUGGAAAGUCCCUACCUGAGAGGAAUGGCAAGCUAAAUUGAUGGACCAUGCCAGGGGUCAGCAAACGUUUUCAGCAGGGGGCCGGUCCACUGUCCCUCAGACCUUGUGGGGGGCCGGACUAUAUAUAUAUAUUUUUUUGGGGGGGUGGUAAAUGAACGAAUUCCUAUGCCCCACAAAUAACCCAGAGAUGCAUUUUAAAUAAAAGCACACAUUCUACUCAUGUAAAAACAUGCUGAUUCCUGGACCGUCCGCAGGCCGGAUUUAGAAGGGGAUUGGGCCAGAUCCGGGCCCCGGGCCUUAGUUUGCUUACCCAUGGACUAUGCUGACUGGAAAUCUCAGAAACCAAGAAGACAAAAGCUUUAUUCAUUUUUUUGAAAUCGUUUAUUUGAUUUUACCAAUAUAAAGUUAUAAAAAAGCCCAAAUGUAUAUCCAUAUACAGAGAUUUCUCCGAAUCUCAGGACUUCCCCCCACUCCCUCCAUGGAGUCCCAUUUUAAACAUUUAAAACUUUAAACAGUAAUGGGGGGGAAUUAUAAUUUAUUUAAGAGACCACCGCAAGUAGAUGAAAACAUUAGCAGGAUUCUAAUUUCACUUGUAAAGUAACAAAGACUAUGGGAAAUAUGGAUGGAUAUAAAAUAUAGAUUAUGGAAUAAUAUGCUGUUGUAAAUGUUCACAACAGGAUGGAGGAGAAAGUCUUGAGAACCGUAUUUUUCGCUCUAUAGGACGCACCCGACCAUAGGACGCACCUUGUUCUAGAGGGGGAGAACAAGAAAGAAAAUUCUCCCCCUCUCUGCGCAGCGCCCCUUCAGCAAGGCGGCAGGAGAAACGGAGCCCCUUCAAUUUCUCCUCCCGCUUGGCUGAAGGGGCGCUGCGCAGCUCUCCCUCUCUGCUGAAGCCAGGAAAGUCUGUUAUCGCUUCACGUUGUUAUCGCUGAAGCCAAGGAGCCUGCAUUCGUUCCAUAGGAUGCACACACAUUUCCCCUUAAUUUUUGGAGGGGGAAAGUGCGUCCUAUAGAGCGAAAAAUACAGUAAUCUCUAUAUAUGGAUAUAUAUUUGGAUUGUUAUAAAUUUUUACUUGUAAAGCCAAAUAAAAAACAUUUGUAAACCACGCGCUCAUAGAAAAUAUCACAAGGUGGUUGGCAACUUGGAAACGCAACACUGUAAUAGAAGCAGUAGGAAUGCCAGGCCCAUCCUCUCUGGUUGACAGAGAAACUCGGGUCCGAAAGGCCUGGUCUGAACAACAGAAUUUCCAGGAGGCAUCUGAAAGUGAGCAAGGGUGACCUCAAUUGGCAAGGAGCAUCUCCACCCCCAUCGUUCUGCCCAGACACUGAGGUCCAUCUCCGAGGGCCUUCUGGCGGUUCCCUCACUGUGAGAAGCCAAGUUACAGGGAACCAGGCAGAGGGCCUUCUCGGUGGUGGCACCCGCCCUGUGGAACGCCCUCCCACCAGAUGUCAAAGAGAUAAAACAACUACCAGACUUUUAGAUGACAUCUGAAGGCAGCCCUGUUUAGGGAAGCUUUUAAUGUUUAAUAGAUUAUUGUAUUUUAAUAUUCUGUUGGAAGCCGCCCAGAGUGGCUGGGGAAACCCAGCCAGAUGGGCGGGGUAUAAAUAAUAAAUUAUUGUUAUUGUUGUUAUUAUUAUUAUUAGGAGUUCCACAGGGCAAGGGCUGCCGCAAUGAAGUCUCAGUCCCUGGUAAAGGGCAGCUGAGGCUCAGGGGUGUGUGAACUGACCAAAAGUGCCCCAUCAGAAUACAUACCCCCAACUUAAGGUUUAUUUAAGUGUCAGGUGGGGCAGGAAUUCACUAGGUGCCGAUGACCCAAGCGAGGAGGGCCGAAGCCUCACACUCUGUGAUUGUUUUUCUCUUCUUCUCCUCAACUGCAGGGAAGGCGCUUGGAGCCGGGAAGAGCUGUCCGAGUAUUUAAUGCGAGCCUGCGCCAUUUUCUCCAAACUGGGCCUUGGGUUCCUGCACAACUUCCAAGAGGCUACCUUUAAGAAGCCCUCCUUUUGUGACAGCUGCAAUGGCUUUGUGAGCUUAAUUUAUUUAAAAUGGAUUUAUACCCCACCCUUCCUUCCCCACGUAGCCCAGGGCAGCAGACAUGCUAAAAGCAAAAAAUCCCAAAAACCUUCGAGCAAAGUAUUCUAAAGCCAAUUGCAAUUAAUAACAUCUAACAGUAGCUGCCACCGAAAACACCCUAAAAGCAGUCAACAGCUGAGAACAUUCCUCCAUCCAAAGUUCUCAGGGUUGUCAGUAUCCUUCGGCCAACAAAUGCCAUGUAAUCAAAUUUCUCCUGCAGAUUAAUAACGGUGGAAGCAGGCAUAACUCACUAGGGAAGGCGUUCCGCAACUGGGGGGACCUAUGUGACGUUAACAUGAGGGAGUGCUGGAGGUGAAAUAGUUAAACAGGUUACCCAAUCAGAACCCAGGGAGUGGAGUCAGAGGAAGUAUAAAACCAGCUCUGGGAGGGGCGAGAGGGGAGUUGGUUGGGAGUUGGUUGGAGUGGGAGUGAAUUGGGAUAGAGUCUGUGGGUAGGUUGAGUUAGUAAAGGUAAAGGGACCCCUGACCAUUAGGUCCAGUCGUGGCCGACUCUGGGGUUGCGGCGCUCAUCUCGCUUUAUUGGCCGAGGGAGCCGGCGUACAGCUUCCGGGUCAUGUGGCCAGCAUGACUAAGCCGCUUCUGGCAAAACGGAACACCAAAACCAAAACAGCGCAUGGAAACGCCGUUUACCUUCCCGCUGGAGCGGUACCUAUUUAUCUACUUGCACUUUGACGUGCUUUCGAACUGCUAGGUUGGCAGGAGCAGGGACUGAGCAACGGGAGCUCACCCGUCAUGGGGAUUCAAACCGCCGACCUUCUGAUUGGCAAGUCCUAGGCUCUGUGAUUUAACCCACAGCGCCACCCAUGUCCCAGGUUGAGUUAGUGUAGCGAUACAACCUGAGUCAGGAACAGUUAGGGGCUAGGAAGAUAAGUAAAUAUCUGAGAGGUGGUUUAGUGAGUGAGAGCAGGUAGCAGAAGUUAUAGGUCUGGAUAGGCACCCCAUGAUUGUAAUUAACCGAUACUGUUUAUGAAACCACACACUUGUUAAACUGCAAUGAAGUUUAUGUUCCAAUUUAACCCUGACUGGACUCAGCAUUGUACCAGGUAGGGCCUGGGUGGUGGCAGCGAGAAAUAAAGUGGUGGUACAGGGAUCAAUAGACGGUGAAACGUCUGGGGACCCUGUGGGAUCGCCACAGCCACCACCGAAAAGGCCCUGUGACAGGUCUGCACCACUUGGCCAGCCCCUGGUGGUGGCAACACCAAUAUGCGUCACUCAUCCCCACCCCCUCAAAAAAAGAAAACCCGCCAGCCACCCAAAAAGUCGCUAUUACUGGCAGAAACAGUAGCUGCUGAGCUGAGCUGCCAAACUGGAGAAUCUGCUUUUCUUUUAUAGUUAGCAGUAGUGCAAACGAUGGGCUGGCAUGCAUAGUGGUGGCAGUAAUCAGCAACAGGUGGGAUGGAGGAUGAAAGGGCUAGAGAAGUAGGAGAGAUUGUACAGUGGUGCCUCCCAAGACGAAAUUAAUCCAUUCCGCGAGUCUCUUCGUCUUGCGGUUUUUUCGUCUUGCGAAGCACGGCUAUUAGCGGCUAUUAGCGGCUAUUAACGGCUUAGCAGCUUUAAGAAAAAGGAAACAAACUCGCAAGAACUUGCAAGACGUUUCGUCUUGCGAAGCAAGCCCAUAGGGAAAUUCGUCUUGCGGAACAACUCAAAAAACGGAAAACUCUUUCGUCUUGCGCGUUUUUCGUCUUGCGCGUUUUUCGUCUUGCGAGGCAUUCGUCUUGCGAGGCACCACUGUAGAUAAGCUCCCUUCAGAACAGCCUUCCAGAUAUUUUGGACUAUUUUUAUUUAUCUCACCUUUUUCUCCAAGGAGCUCAAAGUGCCAUGCAUGGUUCUCUCCCUCCUCCUCAUUUAAUCCCCACAACAACCCAGUGACUGGCCUCCAAGGUCACUCAGGGAGCUUCAGGGCCAAGUGUGGAUUUGAACCCCAGGCUCAGUCUAAGCACUACCCAACACUGGCUCUUGACUAUGCCAAGUUGGAGAAGGCUGCUGCAGACGAACCAGCUUGUUUUGCAGCCUCUCUCCUGCAGCCAUGAGGUCUAGAAGCUUGCUAAGUUUCAAAACCCAAAAAUUGAAAUUCCCAGAACUCUGCCGCCACUUUUGAAGCGGGCAAUAAAGCUUCGGUCCCUGGAACAGGUUAGAGCAAGUCCCCCACCUCUCAUCCACCUAUGCUAUGUUGCCUUCGCAAAGAAGUGGUGUCUAGUUCAACUUAACACGUCUCUUCUUGUUUUGUUCUUCUCCUGUUCUAGCUCUGGGGAGUCUCGAAGCAAGGAUACAGAUGUCGGGGUAAGCACGCCCCCUAGUGGGCACUAAAGGAGAGGGGAUCCUAUUAACCAGGGUCAGCAAACUUUUUCAGCAGGGGGCUGGUCCAGUGUCCCUCAGACCUUGUGGGGGGCCGGACUAUAUUUGGGGGGGGGGGAAUGAACGAAUUCCUAUGCCCCGCAAAUAACCCAGAGAUGCAUUUUCAAUAAAAGGACACAUUCUACUCAUGUAAAAAUACGCUAAUUCCUGGACCGUCCGCAGGCCAGAUUGGGAAGGUGAUUGGGCUGGAUCUGACCCCCGGGCCUUAGGUUGCCUACCCAUGCUAUUCACAUUCCCAUCGCUGAUGAUUAUCUGUCUUCCCCUGCAGACUGUGGGAUGAUCUGUCACAAGCAGUGCAAGGACCAAGUGGAGGUGGAGUGCCAGCGGCGCUUCCAUUCCUGCAGCUCCGAAAGCACGCUGUCUCGGACUGCCACACCGGCUGCCACCUAUCACCCUAGCUCGGGUAAGGGACCAGCUCCAGCGAUGCACAGUGGCAAGGAGGCUAUUCGCUUCCCAGCCUUGCGAUCCGUGGUACGGCUUCUAUAGAAGAGUAGGAACACAGAGCAAAUUCCACUUGACACCAUAAACUGUGGUUUGAAGCACCAGUUCAAAACCAGCACGAGAAAGUACAGGUUUUGCUCACAAAGGUCAUCCUGUGCAUUUCAUGGCUGCGUGGGGAUUUGAACCCAGGUCUCCUUGGUCCUAGCUCAGCACUGUAGAACUACUGCACCACACCGCUUGCAGGAACAAAUCUCCAGAUACGAUGGCCACGUUUCUAACCACACUUCCCUUAUUCCACACGGCAGGCUCGGAGGAAGAAGCUUUCCUCUUCCCGCCGAGACGAGAGCACAGCAAAAGCCCCAACCUGGUGCAGUUGAGCCCAGCAGGCAGGCGGAGAAUGAAACACGCCAGCACCCAGACAGACGCAGACAGUCCACAGGAGCCACGGGGACACAGCAAGAGUCUAAAGCAGCUUCUGGAAGAGCUGAAGGAGGUGGAAAAGGUGAGGAUACUUGGGAGGGUGGGAUUCCACAUCUGGGGCUUCUGUGGAACAAUAAUGCGAAGCUACUUAUGACACGGGUGGCGCUGUGGGUUAAACCACAGAGCCUAGGACUUGCCGAUCAGAAGGUCGGCGGUUCGAAUCCCCGCAAUGGGGUGAGCUCCCGUUGCUUGGUCCCUGCUCCUGCCAACCUAGCAGUUCAAAAGCACAUCAAACUGCAAGUAGAUAAAUAGGUACCACUCCGGCGGGAGGGUAAACGGUGUUUCCGUGCGCUGCUCUGGUUUGCCAAAAGCGGCUUAGGCAUGCUGGCCACAUGACCCGGAAGCUGCACGCCGGCUCCCUCGGCCAAUAAAGUGAGAUGAGCGUCGCAACCCCAGAGUCGUCCACGACUGGACCUAACGGUCAGGGGUCCCUUUACCUUUACUUUGGUCUAGACAGGCCCAAAGUUGCUGGGGGAACAGGCAACCUCCACUUUAAGCUGGAACCAUCUCGCUCUCCUUUGCAGGAACGGGACAGGCUGUUGCUGGUCAACCAGAGCCUUCAGAGCUGCAACUCGCAGCUGGAGGCUGAGAACAGCUGGCUGCUGAAGGCAGAUUCAUCGAGCCUGCCCCCCUUCUCCUGCUGGAAGGCCUUGGCUGCCUACAACUCGCACCUGCCUCCCAAGCCCAACUGAGCCAAGGGCACAGGAACGGUGAGCUACAGGCAGGGAAGCGGAACAUCUCAAGGAAGCGAACAGAGAGAAGGGAGGACACGGCGCUCAACGGUAGAGAAUAUGACUGGAAAUGGAUGCUGCUGCCCUGAAACCACUGCCAUUCCUUGCCAAUAAUAGGGAGCUGGGUGGACAAGCAGUCGGACUCAAGCUAAGGGGCUUCCUUUGUUCCUAAUAAAAGGACUGAUUUUUGAACGGAGGCCCUACCAGUUAGCUUACUUCUUUUU